CUCGGAGCUUCCUGCUCUGCCGGCUGCCUCUCACGCUCACUGCAGUGGCUCCGGCUUCAGCAGCCUUGGAGAAGCAUCAGCUGAGAGGAGCUAUCACAUGGGAACCGGGAGCUGCUCAGCAAAGCCACUGUGGAAGUGUACCACCAAGUGAGGCAUGGCACGGCGGGCUGGAAGAGUACUGGCCCUGGAGCCAGACCACCUGGGGCUGUACCCGGACCUUGCCACUUACUAGCUUUGUGACAUUCGAUGCCCUUAUGAGGAAACUUCUGAACUUCAGAAGAGUCACUGAGUUAGUAAUUCCCAGACCUGGGACUGGAAGCCAAAUCUUGUGCUCCUUCUGCUCUCCCCAAUAGUUCCUACCAUUCUGAGGAGACAAGAAAUCAGGAAAUUUACAUAAGCAACCUUAAAACUGGGGCACUGUCCCAGAGCUCAGCAGAACCCUGGGAAAGGGGAACAGAGGACAGAGAAUCUCUGGAUAACAGUCCUUGAAAGAGGGGGAGGGUAUGGACAACAGAGGAAAGGAAGUGGGAAAGAAGGAGCCAAGGCUCCCUCAUCCUGCGUCUUCUCAGUCACCAAGGCAGACCUGGAACUACCUCCUCUCAGAGAGAUGAGCUCCUGAGCCCUCAGUUACUGGGCUGGCACUCCGGACCAGCAGCCCAGCCUCGAAGGCUGGCAGUAAGAGCUUGCCUGAGAGACAGACUCCAGCAGGAGGCACCCUCUCCCCACAUCCCCACACACAGCAUUGGGAAGCCUGGGCCUGGGCUUGCCAUCCCAGGGUCACUGGACUAGGAUGGGGGAUGGGCCUGUGACAGGAGGUGUCCUGGGUGUCCUCUUUCGGCCCCAUGGAGUCCUCACCCAUCCCCCCGUCAUCAGGGAACUCUUCCACUCUGGGGAGGCUCCCUCAAACCCCAGGUCCCUCUACUGCCAGUGGGGUCCCGGAGGUGGGGCUGCGGGACGUGGCUUCAGAAUCUGUGGCCCUCUUCUUUAUGCUCCUGCUGGACUUGACCGCUGUGGCUGGCAAUGCUGCUGUGAUGGCUGUUAUCGCCAAGACACCCGCUCUCCGAAAAUUUGUCUUCGUCUUCCACCUCUGCCUGGUGGACCUGCUGGCUGCACUGACCCUCAUGCCGCUGGCCAUGCUUUCCAGCUCCGCCCUCUUUGACCAUGACCUCUUUGGGGAGGUCACCUGCCGCCUCUACUUGUUCCUGAGUGUGUGCUUUGUCAGCCUGGCCAUUCUCUCGGUGUCGGCCAUCAAUGUGGAGCGCUACUAUUAUGUGGUCCAUCCUAUGCGCUACGAGGUGCGCAUGACGCUGGGGCUGGUGGCCUCUGUGCUGGUGGGGGUGUGGGUGAAGGCCGUGGCCAUGGCUUCGGUGCCAGUGCUGGGAAGGGUGUCCAGGGAGGAAGGAGCUCCCAGCAUCCCCCCGGGCUGCUCGCUCCAAUGGAGCCACAGCACCUCCUGCCAGCUCUUCGUGGUGGCCUUCGCUGUCCUUUACUUCCUGGUGCCCCUGCUCCUCAUCCUCGUGGUCUACUGCAGCAUGUUCCGAGUGGCCCGCGUGGCCGCCAUGCAGCACGGACCGCUGCCCACGUGGAUGGAGACGCCCCGGCAACGCUCUGAGUCUCUCAGCAGCCGCUCCACCAUGGUCACCAGCUCGGGGGCCCACCAGACCACCCCGCACCGGACGUUUGGGGGAGGGAAGGCGGCAGUGGUCCUCCUGGCUGUGGGGGGACAGUUCCUGCUCUGUUGGUUGCCCUACUUUUCUUUUCACCUCUACGUUGCCCUAAGUGCUCAGCCCAUUUCGACUGGGCAGGUGGAGAAUGUGGUGACUUGGAUCGGCUAUUUCUGCUUCACUUCCAACCCUUUCUUCUAUGGGUGUCUCAAUCGGCAGAUCCGGGGGGAACUCAGCAAGCAGUUUGUCUGCUUCUUCAAGCAGGCUCCAGAGGAAGAGCUGAGGCUACCUAGCCGGGAGGGGUCCAUUGAGGAGAACUUCCUGCAGUUCCUUCAAGGGACUGGCUGUCCCACGGAAUCCUGGGUUUCCCGACCCCUACCCAGCCCCAAGCAGGAGCCAGCUGCUGUUGACUUUCGAAUUCCAGGCCAGAUAGCUGAGGAGACCUCUGAGUUCCUGGAGCAACGACUUACCAGCGACAUCAUCAUGUCAGACAGCUACCUCCAUCCUGCCCCCUCCCCUCGACCUGAAUCAUGAUGGGCCGCUGGACACUUGGAGGGAAAAGGGGCUAGGAGGUGGUUAGGACUGCAAGGAGCACCUUGUGGGAUCACCUUUGCCCGGCUACCUGGGGCUGGGGCUGGGGUCUCUGCACACAGCUUUUGCUUGGUGUUUCCUGGGUCAGGAACAGAGCCAACAGGAUGGACAUGUGGCAAAUGCCUUGGACAUGGCUAUGAUCUUUGACUACUGGGGGAGGGAACCUGGUGAUGAGAGUAAAGGGUCACGAAGGACUGGCCUCCCUGAUCUCUAUCCUCGUGGCAGUGACCCACCUCCAGCCCCCUGGACAAUCGGGUACAGAGACUAAGGUUGGGAACGGGUAGGGUGGGGUUUCCAUAGUCCAUUAAAUGCUUCCCUACUCCCAUUCUUCGCUCUCAAAAUUAGCUUCAGUGACAAAGACUUAAACCUCUCUCCUAUCUGCAGCCCUGGGUUGGAGAGAGGGCACAGGAGUGGGGCUCAGCUGUUCGCUGACUGAGACUGGAGGAACUGUGUUGGUUGGUAUCGGUGGUGGUAUUUUUCAAGGAAAGGGGAAUAAUUGCAAACUGGAUAGGACAUCCAUCUGGGACUACUUGUCCAUCCACUUCCCUCAAUUGAAUCAGGUAACAUUAAAGGGUCGAGGGAGUACCAGAGGGUGGUGUGGUCUGUAUUUGAACAAAUUCCUGGCUCACUGAGCAUCGAAGGGGAAUAUGGCCCGGUGGGAGUGGUUUAGUUUCCCCUUUAAACAGCCAAUAAAUAAUUUUUAUUAUAAAAGUUAUACUGAUUAUCAACAUCGACUCCUUCGGUUCAAUUCAGUGUAUAAUAGUUGAAUACCCAAUAUUUUCUGGGACCCACAUAGGGGAUGUGGAGUCACUGCCUUCAAGGAGUUCAGUCUUAUUUGACCAGGUACCUUGCAUUUUCACAGAGCAUUCACCUCUGGUGAAGUGCUAUGGAAUGUGUGUGAGAAAUGUACUGGAGAAUUUGUUCGUGGUUCUAACUUAUGAGAGUUCAGUCCAUUAGAGCAAGAUACCUACACGGAGGCUUCCUGCAGACUACGUAAAGUGUGGGGGUUGUAAAUGAAACUCUACUUGAAAAAAUACCUUAUUCAAUGAAACUAGGCAAACAGCUUUCCCCCUUUAGAUCUAGGAAAAUUAUCAGGUUUCUGUCUUCCUACCACUAGACUUCCUCUAGUCUAGCGCCUAUUAUAUUGAGGGAAUCCUUUAGAUAGUAUAUACAACGGGGAGAGUCUUUUGUGAUUGCAAAACAUAUUCUCAUCUCUCCUCCCUUUUAAGAUAGACUCCUAACGGAGGAAUCUCAUUCCUAGAUAGGGGAAAACUCUUCCAAACAUCACUGAUCUGCUAGUAGGCCCUAAGCAUUGCCAGUAGGUGGCAGUGUGUGUCCAGUGGAAACAGGAAAGGUGUCUGUAAGUGGGUAAAGGGGUGUGGGGAGGACAUUCAACGUUGUCUGGCAGCCAUUUUGUUAAUUUAUUUUGCCUUUUCCUUUGACUUUGCCCUCCAACCCUUCCUUCCCAUACAUCAAAGAAGAAAAAUUUAAAUUCAAGGAUAACUCUAAUUCAGGCUGAAAUUUCCUGGCACUGUGAUCUCACUGGCAUUUAUUACAGAAUUUGACAUAUGCUGGUUCGUUUGCCAUUUAUUUUGAGUAGAUCAUGAAGGAAAUAAAAGAUUCUAUUAUGCUGAGAACUUUCCCAACAGUUUCUGCCAUGACAACCUCCUAAGAGUUUUCUAGCCACUAGGAUCACUUGGGUAAAGUUCGAUGUGUAAUCUUGAGCUGUGCAAGUUGUUCCUGGACACAAUUUGACCUCCCUAAUCCACGGAAGAAUCAGUAACCGUCCUGUCAGUUACUUUUUCCUGCACCCUGGUCGUGUUGGGGUAACUCUCAAUCCUAGAUGAAAACCUUGUUGUCAGGUUUUCCCAGGUAACACAGUGGCAUAGUAGUAAAGGGGUGCAUUUGGAGUCAGAUAAACACCUACUCACUGUGUGAAGUUGGGAAAGAUGUUUAAUUUCUGAGCCUAUUUCCUCAUCUGUAAAAAUGGGGAUAACAUUACCUACCUCACAGGGUUGUUGUGAGGAUUAAGAGAUAUGUGGAAGCACCUAGCCAUACUUGGCAAACAGGUACUCAAUAAA